CUCCCCAAGCCAACAUGCGUAUUCUGGUCCUUCUCUGCGCCCUGGCCGCGGCACAGGCGGCGCCGCAGUUCCUCUUUGUCCUUCCGCACGACUUCAGCGGCGGCUCCAACGUGCCCCUGCAGGCGAUCCCUCUCGACCAAGCGGUCAGCGUCUCUGCGCAGCUCCCCGCCGCUCCUGCAGAGGAGGCGCCUGCUGAGGCCGAGGUCGUAGCGGAGGCGGCUGAAGCUGCCCCCGAAGCCGCUCCUGAAGUUGCGGAAGCCACGCCUGAGGCUGCGGAGGUGGCCGAGGCUGCUCCUGAAGCCGCGGAAGCCGCCCCCGAGACUGUUGCCGAGGCUGCAGAAGCCGCCCCUGAGGCUGCUCCCGCAGGUGCCGAAGCAGCCCCCGAGGCAGCCGAAGCAGCCCCCGAGGCAGCCGAAGCCGAGGCUGCGGCCCCCGCGAGCGAGCCAGCCCCCGAAGCGGCCCCUGAGGCUGCUGUUGCUCAGGAAGCCGCCCCCGCUCCCGAGGCCGCCCCUGCAGCCACGGUCGAUGUGGCUGUCGCAGAGCCUGCCGUGGCCGCCCCCGCCGCGUCGCCGUCGCUGCCCACCCUGGGCACCCCCGCCGUGACCACCAAGCUGCGCACCGACCCCUCCUCCCUGAACCUGGUGGACCCCCUGGGCCAGGUGGAGGCCCGCUUCCGCCCCUUCAUCUACCCCAACGACUCCCCUGACGUCGUGGCCGCCAAGGUGGCCCUCUUCCGCCUCCACGCCUCACGCCACCCCCUGACCGCAGCCUCACCUGCGCCCGCGCCCCCAACCGCAGCGUAAACGCCAGUGAGGUCGUGUGAAAGUGCGUGAGUGUGAAUCGGAGAGGGAGAUAAACAGAGUGAAACGAGGAGAAUAAGAAAUGAGAGAACCAGUUUACUGAUAUUCUCUCAAGGAUCUUGUAUUUUUGUCCGUUCGAACUCUCUUUAUCUUCCUCUCACUCUCCUUCAGUACUCCUAAAUCACUUUUUUCCAAUCUUCUUUCAGAAUCCUAGCUGGUGUGUGAAUACGCACAUCAGUCUAGUGGUUUGUCAUGUAAAUAGAAUAUUAUUUUGUCUUUGACUCUGUAAAUAGGGGCUGUGAGUAGAAUAGCAGGCUUGACUAGUCUUGAAAAAGCUUGGCUGGGGCGUCCAGAGGUGCAUGGGCGCGCAAGAGCUCGGCCGUUUGUGAUGCCAAGAGGUUUCAUUCAUGGGUGUACAUUCACUACUCCAGUCACGCUUUUGUGUGCUUCUUGAGAAUCUUUGGUGUGUAUAUGAAUCGGCCUUCGUUUAGUGUCACUCUGGUACAAGAAUACCCAAUGUUUUAGGGAAGACGUAUAUUAACAACUUCCCUAAGUCGGUGUCGGAAGACAGAGCUGAAGGGUUACCUCAUCUUCACCCUUGAGGCUGUCCUGAGACACACUUGGAGGCACAGAGAGAUCAGUGCCACGCAAACCAAAAAAAAAUACAAUGUACUUUAAGUGUCCAUAAGGAUGCACCAUUCGAGGAUAGGUAUUUCUUAUCCCAAUGUAUGUUUAUUACGCCCUAUUUUUAUAGAAGACGGCGCGAAAUAAUACGUAACUUGAAACUGGUACAGCUUGGCGGACACUUCAUGAACAUUGUACCAUAAAUAUACAUGAGGCUACGCCCCUGCACAUCACUCUUUGGAAUGAGGAAACGAAGGAUUUUCCCCCCUCCUUCCUCUACCAAAAGAGAAAAAGAGGAAUGUGUCACCACAAAAAUAAAAUAAAAAAUAAAAAAAUGUAGCGUGUCCCUCCUACUGGAAUGCUUCGCUGCUCACACUCGAUUCGACUUUAUACUACUUACAACGAUAUAAUGAAAAUAAAGGAUUAUUGAAA